AUGGAUUUAGUAUCUAAAUACCAGGGUGUUGUAGGGCGUGUCUUCGGAAAUGAGAACUCGGGUUCAAAUGAAGAUAGUUAUGUCGAGCGCUUGCUUGACCGCAUUAGCAACGGUGUUCUGGCUGAGGAUAGGAGGAUUGCCAUUGUUGAACUCCAGUCUGUCGUGACUGAAAGUCGUGCUGCACAGUUGGCUUUUGGGGCGAUGGGAUUUCCAGUACUAUUGAGUGUAUUAAAGGAGGAGCGUGAUGAUGUGGAAAUGGUCCGAGGGGCUCUGGAAACUUUUUUAAGUGCCUUAAAUCCAAUUGAACAUACAAAAGGACCAAAGAAUGAGAUUCAACCAGCUUUAUUGAAUAGUGAUUUGCUUUCUAGAGAAGUAGGAAGCAUUUCUCUUCUUCUAAGUCUCCUGUCAGAGGAGGAUUUUUAUGUACGAUAUUAUACUCUUCAACUGUUAACAGCACUCUUGACAAAUUCUCCAAAUAGGCUACAGGAAGCUAUUUUGACUAUUCCUCGUGGUAUUACACGACUCAUGGAUAUGCUCAUGGAUCGUGAGGUUAUUCGUAAUGAGGCCUUGUUACUUCUCACAUAUCUGACCCGUGAGGCUGAGGAAAUUCAAAAAAUUGUAGUGUUUGAAGGAGUUUUUGAGAAGAUUUUUAGCAUUAUCAGAGAGGAAGGCGGCUCAGAAGGAGGUGUAGUUGUGCAGGAUUGUCUUGAACUUUUGAACAAUCUCAUCCGAAAUAAUGCAUCUCACCAGGUAUUGCUUAGGGAGACAAUGGGCUUUGACCCUUUGAUAUCCAUUCUAAAGCUCAGAGGAAGCACCUACAAAUUUACACAACAGAAGACAAUUAACCUACUCAGUGUAUUGGAAACUAUUACUUUGCUUCUGAAUGGAGGUCACGAAGCUGAUCCCGGAAAAGACAACAAUAGUCUGACAAACAAAACAAUUUUAGUUCAGAAAAAGGUUCUGGACCAUCUUUUAUUGUUGGGAGUUGAAAGCCAAUGGGCUCCUGUCGCUGUUCGUUGUGCGUCACUGCGAUGCAUUGGCGAUCUGGUUGUCAGUCACCCUAACAAUUGUGAUGCCCUUGCUAACAAAAAACUUGGAGAGGAGCCACAGGUUGAGCCUGCCUUAAAUUCUCUUCUUCGGGUCAUCUUGCGCACUGCUAGCAUGCAAGAGUUUGUAGCAGCUGACUAUAUCUUUAAGAGCUUUUGUGAGAAAAAUCCCAAUGGUCAAACAAUGCUGGCAUCCACAUUAAUUCCUCAACCACAUUCAAUUAAUCACACUCAACAUGAUGAGGAAAUUAACAUGUCAUUUGGAAGCAUGCUAUUUCAAGGUCUUACAUGGAGUGAAAAUGAAGGUGAUCUUGAGACUUGUUGUAGAGCUGCUAGUGUCCUUUCUCAUUUACUGAAGGACAAUAUUCAAUGCAAGGAGAGGGUCCUUCGACUUGAACUGGAGGCUCCUAUGCCCUCAUUGAGAGGUCCAGAACCAUUGAUGCACCGUGUGGUGAAGUACCUUGCGCUUGCCUCUUCCAUGAAAAGCAAAGAUGGGAAAACAAGCUCAUCUGGGUACCAGUAUGCACAGCCAAUCAUCCUAAAACUGCUUGUUAUUUGGCUCUCUGAUUGUCCAAGUGCUGUGCAGUGUUUUCUUGAUUCACGUCCUCAUCUUACGUACUUGCUUGAGUUAGUAUCAAAUCCAACAGCAACAGCAUGUAUAAGGGGAUUGACUGCUGUACUCUUAGGAGAGUCUGUCAUAUACAACAAAACCAGUGAUAGUGGAAAAGAUCCUUUCAGUAUAGUUGAUGCCAUAGGCCAGAAAGUUGGUCUGACGUCGUAUUUUCUGAAGUUUGAUGAAAUGCAGAAAAGCUCGGUUUUUAACUCUGCAAAGUCGGCUAUGCCUCGUAAAGCAUUGACAAGAUCUAAUGCUGCUAGUAUGGCUGAGAUUGAAGAUGUUGAUGAGAAAGAGACUAGUAAUCAGAAGAAUGAGGAUCAUCCGUUGCUUGAGUUGAUGUUUGAUUCACAGUUUAUUUCCUUCGUAAAAGGUUUGGAAGUAAAUAUUAGGGAACAAAUUGUAGAAAUUUAUAGUCAUCCAAAGAGCCAGGUGGCAGUGGUGCCAGCAGAACUGGAGCAGUCUAGUGGAGAAAGUGAUGGUGAGUAUAUCAAGAGGCUAAAGAUGUUUGUUGAGAAGCAGUGCCAUGAGAUACAGGACCUUCUGAGCCGGAAUGCAACUUUGGCCGAGGACUUGGCGAAGACUGGUGGUAGUGGUUUGUCGCAGAUUGAAAAUAGAGCUAGUGGUGGCUCAGAAAGAGUCCAACUCGAGAGCUUGCGUCGAGAGCUUCAAGAGGCCUCCCAACGUGUAGAGAUCCUCAAAGCUGAGAAAGCCAAGAUAGGGUCUGAAGCUUCAAAUUACCGAAGUUUAGCUCUCAAGACGGAAUCUGAUCUCCAAAGUUUGUCCGAUGCAUACAAUAGCCUCGAACAGGCGAACUUUCAGCUCGAAAGGGAAGUAAAAUCUCUAAAAAGUGGUGGAGCCACCCCAGACCUGGAUAUUGAGGCAAUAAAGGCAGAAGCACGGAAAGAAGCUCAGAAGGAGAGUGAAGUUGAAUUGAACGAUUUGCUCGUCUGUCUCGGGCAAGAGCAAAGCAAGGUGGAGAAGCUUAGUACAAGGUUAAUGGAAUUGGGUGAGGAUGUUGACAAAUUACUUGAAGGCAUUGGGGAUGAGACAGAACUUCCAGAAGACGACGAGGAAGAAGAUUGA